CCCUCCCUCUCUUUCUCUCUCGGUUGGGCCACCUAAAGCGGGAAGCUGAAGCCGCUACUCUCCAAACCCUGCUUCAUCUUCCCCAGCAUGUCGGAGAGCUGGCAGCAGCCCCCGCAGACGCAGCCGCAGCAGCCGCAGCAGCCGCAGGCCCCGCAGCCGCAGCACCAUGCCGAGCCGCCCCCGGCCCUGGCCGAGCACGCGCUGCCCCCGGGCUCGGCCGAGAACCCGCUGGGCUGCGCCGUCUACGGCAUCCUCCUGCAGCCCGACGGGGGCCUGCAGCCGCCCCAGCACCCGCCCCUGCAGGCCGCCGGGGAGGCGACCUCCAAGUGCGGGGUGUGCGGCCACGACCUGGCGCCCCUGUCCAGCCCCCACGAGCACCAGUGCCUGGCGGGCCACGACCGCUCGUUCCAGUGCACGCAGUGCCUCAAGAUCUUCCACCAGGCCACUGACCUGCUGGAGCACCAGUGCGUGCAGGCCGAGCAGAAGCCGUUCGUCUGCGGCGUGUGCAAGAUGGGCUUCUCUCUGCUCACCUCGCUGGCGCAGCACCACAGCGCGCACAGCGGCGGCGGCUCGGGGGGCCUGGUGAAGUGCUCCAUCUGCGAGAAGAGCUACAAGCCCUCGGAGGCCCCCGACGCGGCUUCGGGCCCCGCCGGCGCCCCGGCCCUGCCCCCCGCCGCCGGGCCGCGCGCCUUGGCCCCCGCCGCCGCCGAGCACGUGGAGAAGCCCUACAGCUGCACCAUCUGCCAGAAGCCCUUCAAGCACCUGUCGGAGCUGUCGCGGCACGAGCGCAUCCACACGGGCGAGAAGCCCUACAAGUGCACGCUGUGCGACAAGAGCUUCAGCCAGUCCUCGCACCUGGUGCACCACAAGCGCACGCACAGCUCCGAGCGGCCCUACAAGUGCGCCGUGUGCGAGAAGACCUUCAAGCACCGCUCGCACCUGGUGCGCCACAUGUACGCGCACUCGGGCGAGCACCACCUGUUCCGCUGCAACGUGUGCGAGCUGCACUUCAAGGAGUCGUCGGAGCUGCUGCAGCACCCCUGCACGCCCAGCGGCGAGCGGCCCUUCCGCUGCGGCGAGUGCCAGAAGGCCUUCAAGCGGCCCUCGGACCUGCGGCAGCACGAGCGCACGCACAGCGCCGAGCGGCCCUUCAAGUGCGACCUGUGCCCCAUGGGCUUCAAGCAGCAGUACGCGCUCAUGCGGCACCGGCGCACGCACAAGGCCGAGGAGCCCUUCAAGUGCGGCCUGUGCGAGAAGGGCUUCGGGCAGCCCAGCCACCUGCUCUACCACCAGCACGUGCACUCGCUCGAGACCCUCUUCAAGUGCCCCGUGUGCCAGAAGGGCUUCGACCAGUCGGCCGAGCUGCUGCGGCACAAGUGCCUGCCGGGCAGCACGGAGCGGCCCUUCAAGUGCCCCGUGUGCAGCAAGGCCUACAAGCGGGCCGGGGCGCUGCAGAAGCACCAGCUGGCGCACUGCGCGGCCGCCGAGGAGCCCCUGCGCUGCACGCUGUGCGAGCGCCGCUUCUUCUCCUCGUCCGAGUUCGUGCAGCACCGCUGCGACCCGGCGCGCGAGAAGCCGCUCAAGUGCCCGGACUGCGAGAAGCGCUUCAAGUACGCGUCCGACCUGCAGCGGCACCGGCGCGUGCACACGGGCGAGAAGCCCUACAAGUGCCCCAGCUGCGACAAGGCCUUCAAGCAGCGCGAGCACCUCAACAAGCACCAGGGCGUGCACGCGCGCGAGCAGCAGUUCAAGUGCGUGUGGUGCGGCGAGCGCUUCCUGGACGUGGCGCUGCUGCAGGAGCACAGCGCGCAGCACAGCGCCGCCGCCGCGGCCGCCGCGGCCGAGGGCGCCUACCAGGUGGCCGCCUGCCUGCCCUGAGC